ACGAAAUCCGGUUUUAUAAAACCCCUUCUUCCCCAUUGAGGCUUUCACAGUUAAGCAAUUUCAUCUCCAUUUCUCCUUGUCCCCGGAUUCCACACACAAAUCGUUUCCAUUUUCCUUUCCAUAAUUAAAUUCAAUCUAAUAGCCAAUUGAUGGCUCCAACACUAGCGUUGCGCCGCCGGGAAUCGACGCCGGAGAUGACGGAGGAGCUGAGAAAGAGAUACGAGGAGAUGGAGAAGGAGUUGAAGAGUAGCCGGGAACGAGAGGAGAAGAUGAGGAGAGAGUUAGAGAGGACGUGGCAGAGGUUGAGGGUGGCGGAGGAGGCGGAGGAGCGGCUGAGCUCUCAGCUCGGCGAGCUGGAAGCGGAGGCGGUGGACCAGGCGCGUGCGUACAGGGCGCGUGUUAUGUCGUUGAUGGAUCAGCUUUCUGCUGCCACCAAGCUAAUCUCUCCCGCGCCUUCUGUUCCCCUUAAUUGUUAGAUGAUUAGGAUGUGAUUAAUUAAUUGAGUUCUGAUCUGAUUGAUGGAAGUGUGAAAUAUGGAAGUUUCUUAAUCUGUACUCUUGUUGUGUAACUGUGUAAUUACUAAUAAAAAUACCGUUUAUAUGUAUGUUCUGUAAUCUUAGUUCUCUUCUCUUAGGAUGUUU